UCCAGAAUCCUAGGCCCCACGAGCCUGAAAAAAUCUUAGCUCUGCCCCUCAGUGGUCAAAUGCCCGCCACGCUCUCUCUGUCCUAAGCUUCCUAAAUUUCUAGCCCGACCUUUUCCGCGAAUCUCUUCACCAAUCAACUGUUAGACACGCCAUUGAUGGCUGUUGGAAGGCAGUGUUCAUUUCAGCCAUUUGGAAAUGGAUCGCUUGUUUGACAAGUGUUAGUGGGCAGUGGAAAACGGGUGGUAAGUAGGAAUGGAAGAGCGUAAAUUUGUUCCUCCUCUCUGUGAUUUCUGCAGUGAGACCUAUGCGCUUCUCUACUGCCGAGCAGACAGUGCAAAGCUGUGUCUGUCAUGUGACCAGCAGGUGCAUUCGGCGAAUUCCCUGGCAAAGAAGCAUGUGAGGUCUCAGCUGUGCGACAAGUGCAGCAACGAGGCGGUCUCAAUCCGGUGCUCCACCGACAAUUUGGUCCUCUGCCAGGAUUGUGAUUGGGAGGAGCACAGUCGCUCAACGCAGCACCAUCGCCACUCUGUUGAAGGAUUCGAUGACUGCCCAUCUGUACAAGAGCUUGCCCUCAGGUGGGGUUUCGAUCUCACCGACAAACCCCAAGCCGACAACGCAUGUUCCCUCCUAUGCCCAUCACUGGUCGAUGAUACUCUCGACUCUCUCAUUUCGGGCGGCCGUCUUAAUGUGGAUUCGUGGCUCUGUACGCCUCAGGAUCUUCUCGUCCCUAAUGCAGACAUUUCGCCUACUCUGUACUCUCUUCCUGCCAAGGUACCUGUUACUGCUCAUAAUAAGCAAAACGCUCAAUCUCUGUGCGGGAGGCAAAAGCAAGCGAUGUUUGAGCAGCUGCUGAAUCUGGCCAAGGAGGAGGGGAGCAUAGAUGAAACACUCAUUGUUUCCAGACCAGGUACUCCCAUACAAAAAAAUCAUCCAGUGGCUGCAGAUGUGGACAUUGGAAGCCACAAUCAAUCACUGGACAUUGGAAGUCAUAGUCAAUCACAGAAUGCAGAUUCAGCACAGUGUUGUUUGUCGUUGGAAGUAAUGUGGAGCCAUGAAAAUGCUGCUACAGGCCAAACGGCACAGGCUUGGGGUCUGAAUACACAGAGCACAACAAACUUUGAAGUUCAGGAGCCAGGGGAUGGGUACGGUGCAGCUAACAUGGAGUUGAAGUUUAAUGAUUAUAAUGACUUAGUUGAAAAUGCCUCCAAAAAAUCAGCAAAACAGUUUGAGGAUAUCAGUACUGGAAAAUGCUCGUCUGCACCAAAUCAUACUUCUCAGCCAUGUAUGCAGUACUUUGCUUCACAGGAUGUUAGUGGGAUACAUCCUUCUCGACAAUUCCAUGACAAUCUUGCUGGGCCAGGAGCUCAAGUCCCAGGGUCACCUAAGGUUCCAUUACAAACUGCUUGUUUGGAAAGAUCUUCAUUGGACCUGAAUGCACAGGAUGCAAGACUUUUUGUGAAGGUAGACAACUCAGGUUUGGGAUCCAGCUCAACAAAGGUUGGGAUAGAAACUGGCCAGGAUAAUGAACUCUCCUUGUUGUUUAAAGGGGACCCAGAACGAAACCCAACCAAGCUCAGCAGUGAAGAAUUAGCUCAAGCUAGAGGUAAUGCAAUGUUGCGGUACAAGGAGAAGAAAAAGACAAGGAGAUAUGAAAAACACAUUCGCUAUGAAUCACGAAAGGCUCGAGCUGAUGUAAGGAAGCGUGUUAAGGGUCGCUUUGUCAAGGCAGACAGAGAUCAUAAGAAUGAUGAUGCAGUUGCACCCAGCAGUUGAAGAUUCUCAGCUAUGAUGCAAGUAUGUGUUAUGUAUGCAAUCAUCUUGGAAUUUUUUAAUGUGAAAUCCAGAUUGAAUCUUAUUUCAGGGGAAGGAUUUUACUGGGCAGAAUAAGGAGAUUGUGUUAUGUGCAAAUGCAGUGGGAUGGUUUUUUGGAGCCGAAUUGAAAACUUUGGUUCAUAAUUGUAGGUGUUAAGAAAUUUUGCGUUUAACUAAUCCUGUCAGCCCAACGCAGUACAAUAUCUUCAUUUGCUGAUCAUCUUUAUGUGGUAAUAAAUGUUUGCUAUGGUUGAAUAUGA